AUGCACUAUCAGGAGGUGAUCCAUUUCUCGGGCGACGGACCGGUGCAGAUUGUGUCGUGGGUGCGCCAGCGUGACCUGAAGAUUCUGACGGUCGGCAAGUUCACCUACACGUCGGACCACAGGUUCACGGCCGUCCACGCUCCUGGGUCUGAGGAGUGGGUGCUGAAGAUCACCAGUCCACGGAGGGAAGACUCGGGGGUGUACGAAUGCCAGGUGUCUGUCGAGCCCACGAUGAGCCAGCCGUUACAACUCGACGUAGUCGAGUCGCGGGCGGUGAUAGACGGUCCGCGGGAGCUGUACCUGAAGCGGGGAAGCAGCAUCAACCUCACCUGCACGGUGAUGGCGGCCCCCGAACCGCCAGAGCACAUCUUCUGGCACAUCAACAAUAUGGUGAUCAAGUACACGGAGCGGGGCGGUAUUUACGUGGUGACCAACCGGCGGGCCCGCACGUCCACCCUCCUCGUGGCGAGGGCCACCAGCCGGGACUCGGGAAACUACUCGUGUCGGCCGUCGAUGGCCCACAUGGACACAGUACUCGUCCACAUACUGGACGGCGAACACCCAGCGGCGAUGCAGCACGGCAACUCGAACAUCCGGUGCUGCGUGUCGCUGCUGCACCGAACAGUUUUUCUGUUGUUGCUGGCUGUGAUGCGGUAGUGGUCGGCUGAGCUGACGUUGUGCGCGGAGUGCGUCUUCGUGACGAAGAACGUGACGGUGUUGAACGGUGCGUGGACGUUGUCUGUUCGUCGGGGGCUGAAUAAACGUUCAGGUUUUUGGUUGGUGCCAUUGUUCGCGUACUGGGGAUGUUUCAUUAUGGAUGUUAAGAUGUGGUACCGAAACGGACGACGGAAGUUUAAUAUGACAAUGCUGAAAUUGGCCAAAUACAGUACCGGAAACUG